CUUGCAGGGCUGUUCCUAUGCGGCCAUUAUACAAAGUCAAUUGCCUCAAGUAUAGCUGACCUGAAGCAAGAGGCCCGCCAACUAGGCCGCUCUUCACAUGCAUGCAGCAUAAAAUGAAACAAUGUAACUCUUAGAGGCUGACGCGCUGCACAAGCUGUGACGCCACUCGAACUUACGCCCCUAGCUUCUGCUCUAGGUUUUGCAGCGUUACAGCACCAGCACCCACUAGCAGCUCGUUACAUGCACACACAAAAGCUGGUGUUGCAAGGCUACUUGCUUAAAAGACUUGAAGGCCAACCGUAGAAAGUGAAAGGCGCUGCAUCUUGACACGGUGUCACGGUACCACGCUGUGCUUAGCUGCCUGCUGGACGCCAUGGCGCCGAAGACUACAGAGGACCUCCUGCAGCUGGCCACGGCAAUGCGCGGCGGGGUGCGCAUCAAGGACCGGCGCUACCUGUUCCGCUGCUACCGCGCCUGCUUCGUGGGGCAGGAGGCCGUGGCAUGGCUGGUGGCGGCGGGCGCGGCGGCGGGGCCGGCGGAGGCAGUGGCGCUGGGAAACAGUAUGAUGGAGGCGGGUCUGUUUCACCACGUGGUGUACGAGCACCGCUUUGAGGACGACUACCUGUUCUACAGGUUCACGGAUGAUAACCACGUCGGCGGCACUGCGGGCGCUGGAGCCGCACCCGCGCCGGCCGCCGCUCCGGGCCUGACGCCGUCGGGCAAACGGCGCGCCGACAAGGUGCAGCAGCCGGCGGUCAGCGCCCCCGUGGCGGUGGCUGCAGCGGGUGCCGCGGCGUCGGGCGCUGCACCCUACAGCCCGCGGGACUCCAGGGGUGGCUCCAGCACACCACCCAUGCAGUCGCCUCGUACGGCAGUCGCUGGCGGCGGCGGACUUAGCGGCGGCGUUGGCGGGGCGGGAGGCGGGCAUGUCGGUUUGGACACUCGUGUGGAUGUAGCGCUUGGCACGGCCCCAUCGCAAGACGUGUCCGAGGCCUGCGGUGGCGGUGCCGGCGGCGGUGCUGCAGGUGGCGGUGGCGCGAAGGCGCUCCUGCUGUCGGAGCCGCGUCAGGACCGCAGCCGCCAGGUCAUGGCAGGCCACCUUCAGCAGCUGCAGGGCCGUGUUACGCGCAUGCAGCAGGCAGCGGAGGCACAGAAGGCCAUCGCAGACAUCCUGGUGUCAGAGGUCAGCAGCCUGCGGGCAGAGGCGGCAGCGCUCAGGGCCGGCGUCAGUGCUGCGUCAGCAGCAGCCGGCGGCGCCGCCGCGGUGGCAGCGCACGCGCAGCAGCAGGUCGCCGCACUGCGCGUGCUGUGCUUUGGGCUGUGCGCGUGCGUGCUGCAACAGGCGGUGAUGAGCUGGCUUGCGGAAGCGCGUGCUGCUGCUGCGACGGCUGCUGUUCCGCCCGGUGCUGCGCUGCUGGUAAUGUUGGGUCGCGGCGGGCCGGGGUGCUGGGGCCUUGCGCUUGCGGUGGUGGUUGCGCUGGCGGGGCUGCUGGUGGUGCUGUUCCCGCCACCGCUUUCGGGUCAAGCAUCGGCAGUAGCGGUAGCAGCAGCACCAGCAAUAGCUGAGGGGGCGGCAGGCAAGGCCGGCGGUGCGGAGCUGCUGCAGCAGAGCCUGGCGGCAGCGGCUGCGAACGCGGCGGCGGUCCCGGGCGGUGUGGAUGACGCGGCGUCGGAGGGCUGGCAGAUUUUGCCGCCGCCGCUGCGGCGUAGCCUAGGGGAGCGGCUACUCAGCUCGGUGUAUGCGUCAGCAGUCGGCAGCGCGCGUGCCAGCACUGAGGCCAUUGGCACGGGCGGAGCAGCUACAGCCGCCUCGGAGGCAGCUACAGCCGGCGCAGCGGAGCUGUCUCGCGCUCUUGCACAGCUUCCCGGCGAACCGGGGCUUCCGGCGCCCUGUGUCAGCAGUGGCAGUGGCGGCGGUGCCGGUGGUGGAGCGGGCGGCAGCGGCAGUAGCUUCUCGACGGCGCGGCGGGCCAAGGAAAUGGCGCGUGUGCUGACGGCGCCGCUGCGGCUGCACCUGCCUCGCAAGCGCGGCAAGUCCGCCGCAGCUACGCCCGCUGCAGGCGUGUCCAAUUGUGCGGACGAAGCGCUGCCGUCGGCGCCUCAGGCACUGCGCGCGCAUGCGUCGGGUCUACACAGCGCCUCCGUCAGCAGCCGCAGCGGCAGCGGCACCGCCGCCAUCGCGGCGCCCGGGGCAGGGGGGCCGCCGGCCCUGUUGGCGCUGGGCGGUGCCACCGCCACGACCAACACCGUGCAGCUGCAAGCGAGCUGCGCUGCAGGCCGCGAGCCGCAGGCGCGGCCUGCCGCCUUCGGCACAGGCCACCACGACGCAGACGAUGGCUCGACCGAGCCCGCCGGGACGCAGCUUCCGCAAGCUCACAUCCCACACGCCCCCGGCCCCGCCGACUUCUGUGGCUGGCCCGACGCGCCCGUGCUCCUGACAUUCAACACAGCCGUGGUGCCCGAGCAUGCAGCGGCAGUAGCAGCGGUUGUGGCAGAGGCGGCUGCGGCGGGGACAGCGACUGUAGAAGCGGACGCUGCUACAGCCGCAGGCUCCGAGGCGGCGGCCGCUGGCAGCGAUGCUGCUUCGUGUGCGGAGGGCGCGGCCAGCGACUGUCCUUGGGCGGCGCGGCGGUCGCUGUCCACUGCGACGUCGAUGUCGACGCCGCCGCAGGCCGCGCAGCCGCUUGCGCCGUCGCUGCUGCUGCGGCUGCCGGCAAACGACGCUGCGCGGCCCAUCCGCGUGGAGACAGACAUUUUCAGAGGCGAGGUGGUGGUGCUCCUGCGCGGCCUGGCCACCACCCCCGAAGACCUGUUCUGCGGCCGGCGGCGCAUGAGCUGGGUAGCCAUGCAGGGCCGCUUCAAGGCGCCUCUGUGUCUGGACAGCGUGGUGACGGGUCAGGAGUUUGCCCGUCCGUUCCGGCGGCUGCCCGCGCCCUGGUUCGUGGAGAAGGUGCUUCUCAGCAUGGCGCGACAGGUGUCUCCUUCCAUGCGUGUGGGCCCGCUGUCCCAGCCGCACAUGCUCAUGCCGCUCAUCGCAGCCGCGCAGGUCGUCAACAUCAGCACGCCGGGCGCGCAGCCGCACAUCAUGCAGGCGCACGAGGACGUGCGGCUGCUGUGCCCCGCCCUCGCCGUCAAGGCCCCCGCCGCAGCCGGCGGCCAGCGCCCGGCCACCGCGGACGCGCGGCGGCGACACUACAUCAACCCGCGCAACCGGGCCGAGCUGCGGUACGACCCGGGCCACGUGUACACCUUCCACUGCUACCAGCAGUGGGUGGACUUGGCGUCGUACAAGCUGGACUUCGGCUACACAUACGACCUGGUCCGCCACCUGGACGGCCAGCCCCUGCAGAUCAUGGCCAAGGACGUGCACAGCGGCAAGUACCUGUACAACAUCAACGUUUGGAACGAGCGCCUCAUGCCGCAGACUGGUGCCGGCUCGGCCGGAGCUGGCGCCUGCAACAGCGAAAUGGCUCACGGGGCCGCCAAUGACGCUGGUACUGCCGCGACUGGCGCCGCCGCCGCCGCCGCGGCUGCGAUGCAAGAUGCAGAGGCGGCGGGCUCUGCCGCGUCAACGGCGUCGCGCUGCUCCGACGCAGGCAGCUUCCAGGAUGCAGAGGAGGAGGGGGAGGAGGUGGAGAGGGAGCGGGCAGCCAGGCGGCGGCAGGUGCAUGGGGCCAGCAAUGCAGGCGGCGAGGGUGGGCCCGCCGCGUGGAUGCUGAACGCGGACUGGGGCGUGCCCCGCAAACACACGCCGCCACUGUAGGCGUGAGCGGUGCUGCCAGCAAAAGCAGACUUUCUUUUUGGCAAUGACUUCCGUGCGUCGGAGCCAUGGCGUAAACAUCAGCUUACCGGUGUACAUACACACCUGACAUGCGCCCAGGCAUGGCUUUUGCGGGCUGCACAUGCUUGGCAUAUGAUUGGGCAUUUUGCGUUCAUCUUGUGCAUGGAUUCAGUUUCAGUUUGGUGGUUGUGAUCGAGUUCUCGAAAGUGAUCGCACGCUCUCGUCAUACUGUCGUUGUGUCUUUCUUAUCUCUGCUCCCUUGCAUACACGGCUUGCCUUUCCCACCUUUACAAACUGUAAAAAACAAUGCUGAGGAGCCUGUUGGCGUGAGGGAUGCGGAUCCGGGAUGCGGGGCCCAUGUGGAAUGCGGGUGCAAAUGCAACGGGCAGAACGGGUACGCGGCUGUUGCCGUGGCUGUUGCUGUACAUGUUGAUGUUUGAGUUGAGGGAAGGAAUGCCAAGGCGGCUGUGAGACACCAGCUCAGCCCAUGUACCGUUACAGGCGUGUCAUGUAUGUGCGGUCAUGAAGCCGUGAGCAUAGGAGCAGGAGCCCCCUUGCAAAUGGUAAGACAGGCGGCAUCUGUAAAACUCGCCUUGU